UUUGAAGAGUGGAAAAAGCAUGUGAGAUCGUGUGCAACUAAUUCCUACCCAUAUAAUUCAUCAAUAAUUUGUGAUUCCAACAAAAAAAGAGAAAAUAAAACAGGCAAUCACCAACUAUGUAUGCAUGUAUUAUCAUUACUUGUUUAUGUAGAAACACAUGUACAGAGAGCGAAGAAUGAAAAACCAUGAGAUCCAGUUUUCUCAACUACUUUUUGAUCACUAUCCACAUUAAAAAUAUGCCUAAUUUUAUAGAGGAGGAGACACUGCCAUCCCAUGCCUUGCCUACUACUUUCAGGAAAGAAUUUUUUUUAACUGAUAUACUUAAUUAUUGAAAAACCAAAUUUUUUUUACACUUGGAGACAUUCGUUUUGCGACGCCAAAUCCCGCCUCCAUAGAUACCCAGCAAACCCUAGGAGCAUUUAAUACAAACUUUACAUCCCUGUCUGUGACCACCAAGGGGGUAACGGAGAAGUGGCAGCCCCCCCGAAGAUUGUGUGAAGAUCUCCUUGAUGUAGCCGAUCCUGACUCUAGGUGUUCGUCUGGCCUGAUUGUUCGUGGCUCAGACGAGCAUGUCGUGUUGGCAUUUGGGACCCUACACUAAGGAGUGUUUGAUCCAUACCUAGCAGAACUGCUGGCCGCCAAAGAUGUCAUUUCGCUUGUUGUCUAUAGAAACUUGCCCCGUUCAAUCGUCAAAGGUGAUUCUGAGGUGGUCUUUCAACAGUUUUGCCAAGGAGUUACGUUAGUUUCUCUAAGUGGACAUGUUCUUCGGGUUUGUCUUCAGUUGUUUGUCUCUGCUUCUAUCUGUCUAAAUUUGAGGGUGGUUUCUCGAACUGCAAACACCGCUGCCCAUAGAGUGGCACGUAAAGCACGAUUAUCUCCUUUAAUGGUAGUGUCCUUGGAUUUUGUAUGGUGGCUUCAUCGAGGUAUUACUUUGGUAGGGUUCCUACUUCCUAGAUAGUUCUUUGAUUGUAUCACUUCUUUUCUCUUGUUAUUACUUGGGGGGAAAAACAUAGUUAGAUUAAAUCUGCUUUCUUCCUUUUCUCCACGUCGGGCUCAAAUUUGUCCUUCCUUUCCUGGCUGGGUCGGUCCUCUUUCUCUAUGUAAUCACGAGAAAUCGACACAAUUCUAUUCAAACUUUCGUACGCAUCGAUUGAACUUAAUUGGAUUGCUCCCUCUUAUGUCAAGAGCCACGCCACCCUAAUACUCUACCAAGGUCCAAGAAAAGGGAUAGAUAGAUAUAAAAUGAUAUCACUGUAUCGUAUUAAAACACAUGCUCCACCUUUUGUGCAGGCCCUCGUUAAUUUCUUUGAAUUUCGAUCUUGCGACCGUACUCCGCAAACGGAGUGUUUCACGUGUUAGUUGGGCCCCAUCCUAUAGUCUAAAGUGACCUCACCAAGGAGUUGAGGAAUUUAGCUCACCACAGAGGAGAGAGGAGAAAACAAAGAUGAACAUGGAAGAAUCUUCAUGAGGAUAAUCUUCUUCUCUUUAAUCUUCUCUUUGCCCAAAUUGUCAGCUCUAAAGGUGAGUUUCCAAGGGCAAUACUCUCCUUGUUGCUCUCAAAAUGGUGCUCUCUCCCUCCAAGAAAUAUGCUAUCUCUCUUCAAAGUGUAUUUCAACUAUUCUAUUUACCUCUUUGGAGAGUGUUUCAACAUUUGAAAUACUCCUAGCCUCUUGUUGGUUGGGUUUCUAAAAAAAUAAUUGUAUCAUCUGAAAAAAAGACAGUGAUGGUCAAAUAUCUAGGAUUGAGUUUAAUACAUGUUAAACAAUCCUUACCAACCGCCUUCUCAAUUAAAAAAAAAAUUAGAGCAAUAGACAUCAAAAUGAAAAGAAAGGGACAAAGAGGGUCUCCUUGAAGGAUGCUACAAGAUGGGUAGAAGAACUAUGCGGCCUCCCCAUUUAACAUAAUGGAUAAUUUGACUAAGCGAAUGCAAGCUCUGACCCACUUCACCAUCGAUUAUUGAACCCAUAAUUACUUAGGACUUAGGAGGGUUUCCAGUUAAUCUCAAUCAACCAUGGUAUAAGUCUUUCUCAUAUCCAAUUUAAGCAUCAUAUCUCCGAUAGAUUUCGACGACAGUGGAGUGCAACCCGAAUUGACAAUGAUUCGAUUCCACAACCUUUUCAUGAAAAACCACCGCCUCGUCGAAUUCUGCUCUCCAAAAAGUCUACCACAACACACGAUCCAAUCUAACUUUAAUUAUAUUUUGACUCGUGCAUUGAAAACAUUUGCACAGAAGGAACGAGUUCAUCAUAAUCUAUUGGAUCUACACAUUUUUUAGUGAACAAAUUACAAGACUAAAAAAUACCACACAAUAUCAUACAUACUAGAAUCCGUUCCCUGAUCCGUUCCCGUUUAUGUCCUCCGCAUCUCAAUACUAGAAUCCCGACAUGUAGAAGGGUGCCUUCUACGUAGAUCGUCCCUUCACCUCUGGGCCUGAAACUUACAAUUUUCUUGUUUGCGGGCCAAGGUCCGGCCCAUUUGCGACACCAAUCAAAUUCCGAAACCACAAAGGACAAACAUACCACAAACAAAACGGACGUAAAACAACAAAAAAUACGAAAUUAACCCCAGAAGGGGCUUCAAAACCCGACAGACGUCAGGGGCAAAAGAGAGAAAUUCACAGGUCCCUUUCCAGUGGUCGUUUGCCGGUGGGAGCCAAGGUAAAUACGCGGGAGGAGAGGAGAGGCUCUCAAGAGAAAGAGGGGAAGCUAAGGGGAAAAGGGAGAAAUCGUGUCGAUUAAGAAUUCAUCCGCCACCGCCUCGCUGCGCCGUCUGUUGUCUAUCCCCGUCGACGCAUUUUCCGUCAGCUCGCUCGGUCGCUCUAUGUUUGGUUGCGGCAACGAACUGGUUAGCUAUGCUUUAAGCCAGUAAAACUGAAAUACGAAAAGGACGGCGAGGCCAACGACGGAGAGGAGAUUCGUGAAUCCGGUGGUUGUGUUGGGAUUAAUUCGUGGUUGUGGGAUCAUCAGGUGAACUGGAGUGAUGGAAGACGAUAAGUGGAGCAUCGGCACGUCUACUACUUCAUCUAGGGCUUAUCAGCAGGAUUCUAAAUUUUUAUCUGAUCUUUGCAUUGAUUUUGAAUCGCUAGAAGACACGGAUGAUCACUUGCUGGCGGAUUUUCCCUGCCCGUAUUGCGAAGAGGACUAUGAUUUGGUUGAAUUGUGCUGCCAUAUAGAUGAUGAACAUCCGUACGAACCCAAGUCAGAGAUGUGCCCUGUUUGCGGUCUAACCGAUGCUAUGGACAUGGUUGCCCACAUAACAUCACAGCAUGGAGACAUGAUUAAGAUAUCCUUCCAUAUUUGAUUUAAAGACUUAAGGAUAUACUGUAUUUCAGUGUAUUAUCUGAGACCAGUGGUUAUGGCUUCCUUUGUUAACCACAGCAAACCAUAUGCUCUACUCUUUUGGAUUCCUUAACCUAGGCUCACAGUUUACAGAAGUUGAAGCGUCGAAAAGGGGAUUUACGGUCAUCACUGUCCUCCCUGAAGAGAGAAGCAGAAGAUGAUUACUUGCAAUCCUUGUUUUCUCGGUCUUCAGCUGCUGUGCUUCCCCCAACAGAUCCAUUACUGUCAUUCCUUCACCACGUGCCCUCUCUGGACAAAGCAGACAGUGCACAGUCUUUUCUAUCAACUGAAAUAGAUGCCGGGAAGCAGCAGCCAGUUGAUAUAAAAACUGAAAGGUUAGUUUGUCUUUUCUAUCAACUCAAGUAAAUGACGCUUUUUCAGUUCUAACUGUUGGUUUCUGGUGAACUGAACCGAAGAUACAUAGUUAACGGGAAAUAUGUAUAUAUAUAGAAUCCUGAGGGGUGGCCUAGUACUGAGUUUUCAAGUAUCCCCAUCUGUUCUUUUCUGGUACCACCCUAUUGUUAUGGUAUCAUCGCAACAAAAGUACGUUGGAAUAUGGUCCUUCAGAUUUAAAGGGGAAGGAGAAAGAGCUUUCACUGCAGAAUGCUGAACUUAGUUUCUGUAUAACAAGUGUAUGUGACUGACUUUUGUUCAAGAUAGGUGGGGGAAGGAGAAAAGCUCCCAUGAGAUGACGAUAGGAGCAAUCUUUUAUAUGAACUUUUCCUUUCCCAUUGAUCAAUGGCCGCAAACCCCUAACUUUACUCUGUGUCAUCUACAAGCUUUUCAUACCCAACUUUCCUCUGAAUCUGUGUUCUUAUGCGGGCACACUGAUUGUCUUCUAUAUGGAUGCAGUGUUUCUUCCCCUCCUCUGUCAGACAAGGAACAUACAGAGAAGACACAGAGAAGCCAGUUUGUACAGGGGCUGCUGUUGUCCACCAUGCUUGACGAUGACUUGUGAGUGAUAGAGUCUAUGCCAUUGUCAUUUGCGGCGGACCGGGGAUGGUUCGUUUGCCUGUGUUUGAGCAUCAGUGCGUUCGAUGAAGAUCACUUCUAUUCCCCCCUUGUUAUUUUUUCCCUGAUGGCUGCAACUUAAUUGUUAGGAAUAAGUUAGUAUUUGUAUCCAGUAAGUUUGGAAAUUGUACUCCAGAACGUAUUUAUCAAUGCAAUUGGUUGGAGAAACAAACUUGUGUUGGAUUCAAGUAGAUAAGAAAUUGGUUAGUGCCUC